UAUAUGUAGAUGUCUAUAAUGUUGCAGCUUAAUACAUUGUCUAAUCGGGUCUCAAGCUGUAGUGUGCUCUGAGAUCCACCAAGUGGUAGUGUGGGACUGUUUACAAAACGCUCACUGUUCAAAAUUACAAACGUUUAACUGCAGAUUCGAAUAAGUGAGGGCGAGUCCCUUCUCUCUGUCUUACUCUAUUAUUUUUAUUAAUAUUAUUUAGAAGACACUUUUAGCUACGGUGGCGCGCACUUUUGACAAGUGGUUUACAGUGAGAUAAUGUUUUUAGAGGCAGCGAUUUGCUAUUUUAACAAUAAAUGUAGCUCACGUACGUUUUGUUUUUAUUUAAAUUGUUAGUUCGGGGAGAACAGUAGAUCAAAGAUGGACUCCAGUUAAAUAAGCAGGUAUUUGCACAUUUAAUUAAUGUUUUUAAAAUACAAUGAGAUCUUUUUCUGUUUAAAUCUAAAAAUACGGUUCACCACAUUGCUCUAAGAAUCGGCAUUCUCAAAACAAAGUAGAAAGACAGAAAGAAAGAAAGAAAGAAAUCAUUACUAAAUACACGGACUGCAAGUUGUGCAGAUCAUAUAGGGGCUAUAGUCUUUCGGUGGUUAAAAGAAAACCGGCUAAUAUGUUUAUUGUUGGAUUAUCCUACGUACAUUGAACUUUGUGAACAAAAAUGCUUAGGAGAGGAAGCGCGUCCGUCAGUCCCAGAGCGAUUGUUUUAUUUACUUCGGCACCUGCGCCUUGCUGUUUACGUUGGGUUUACAUUGUUCUGUUCAUUUUAAGGAUGUAAAGGCUUGUACAAGACUGUAGGAAAUAAUUAUAUAAUGCGCAGAUGUUAAAUAAUCAUAAAACCCGAGUACAAUAUACCAGUAGACAAACAGUUAAUGGACAAUUGACUUUAAAGUCGACAGGGGGUUCCCCGUUGUUCUGUAGCAUGACGUCAGGGGAUUUCCAAACUGGUGAAAUCUGCUGGGGGGCGGGGGCGGGGGGUCUAAGAUUUCAAAACGAAGACGCAGAUCAAUCUAGCGUUCACAUCGCGAUCCGCGGAAUGCAAGAAAGUUUAUUUAAAUGCCUUAUCGCCUUGAUACUAAAGAGUAAUAAGCUAUACAUGUGUCAGUGGAUCAGUUCGGAAAACCUAUGGAAAGCACAAGAGGCGGUUUUAGAGAGUCAUUAUUAUUUGGAUUGUUAAUGUCAGCAUUACAUAAUAACAUUUGGAACAAAUUCGUAUAAUUGAAAAAUCCAACUUCAGCGUCACUAUCAAUUUCGCAUUAUGAUUACAGCAAUUUAAGAAAGGUAAAAAGAAAAACAAAGUAACUUCACUGUCGAUUGCUCCGAAAAAAAAAAAAAUCGGUUUAUUAAUAAAGUACAUCAUACAGUAUACCAAAACUCAGAUGAGAAAUAUGAGCGGAGAAGACAGAGACCCGGGCACGCCCCACACUGAUGAUUCCAGCACCAGUGCAGCUGAUCACAGUGUAUCUCGACUGCCGGACCCUGAUGAAGAGCUAGAAUUAAUCAAUGAAUACAUCAGUGAAGAUAAAGGCUUGAGGCAGAUAUUGCCAGGCCCGCCGCCACCACCCUUUUCACUACUGGAGACGGUGACAACAUCCCAACUCAUACCCAGGAGCACCAAGGCUGUCGGCUCACCUCAACCACAGCCAAUCAGAAACACGAUCUUAUCACAUCACAGUAUUGGGCAAGUGGUAACAGGCGAGGCAGGGAUGAAGCAUCGGUCAGGGGCAAGCCAGCCCCCCCAGCUGGUGGCCCGGUGCACAGCACUGCGCAGUGGCAGUAGGAGGCUGUUCCAGCGUGAGGGGUCAGCACUGUCCUGUGGAGACACAGGCACUCGGGGGCUGGAGGAUUUCCUGAACCUGCCCAAGCUGCUGAUCACAGAGCAGCCCAAGCAGAGGGGGAUGCGCUUUCGCUACGAGUGCGAGGGUCGCUCUGCAGGCAGCAUCCUGGGGGAGUUGAGCAGCGAGCUGAACAAGACCCUGCCCAGCAUUGAGAUACAAGGCUGCAUUCAGCAGGUGAAGAAGGUAAAAGUGACCGUCUCUCUGGUCAGCAGAGAUAUUCCUUACAGACCUCACCCCCACAGCCUUGUGGGUAAAGACUGUGAGGACGGUAUUUGUGUGGUGAGCUUCAGCCCCAGGACCAACCGGAAGCACAGCUUCUCAAAUCUCGGGAUCCAGUGUGUGAGGCGGAGAGAAGUCAGGCCAGCACUUGAGAAGAGACGCAGCCAAGGCAUUGACCCGUUCAACACCGCCCAGUCGAGGAGCUUCGAUGAUGUGGAGAUGAAUGUGGUUCGGUUGUGCUUUCAGUGCGAGGUGCUGUUUGAUUCAGGGAAAAAAAACAAUUUGACCCCUGUGGUAUCUGAACCUGUAUUCGACAAAAAGGCCACAACAACAUCGGAGCUGAAGAUAAACCGUUUGAACACUUCCCGAGGGCCGUGCUCCGGGAAGACUGAGAUCUACCUGCUGUGUGACAAGGUGCAGAAAGAUGAUAUAGAGGUUAUUUUCAGUCUGGAGGGCUGGGAGGCAAAGGCAGAGUUUGCCCAGACUGAUGUCCACAGACAGAUCGCCAUCGUGUUCAAGGCCCCGCCCUUCAAUGAGCUCGACAUCACUGAGGAGGUGGAGGUCAACAUGCAGCUGCGGCGCAUUACUGACCAGAUGGAGAGUGAACCCGUCAAGUACACCUACCUCCCAGAAAACCAGGACCCAUAUGACGUAAACAGGAAGAGGAAAAUAGCACAGUCGAAGUUGAAGGUAGAAAUCGACGACACAGAACAAACCAGCCAUCUGCCAGGUAACUUCCCUGCCAGACAACCACCAAACCAUCUUCCCAAUACCACUUUUCUAGAAGAUGCAUUCUUCAAUGGUUUUCUUGAUGAGCCCACAUUGCAACUUGGGGACAACUUGACCCCGGAGUCAGACCUACCUAGUUUGACUGUCUUAGAAAAUCAUGAGAUGCAUGACUACAAUGAUAACCAACUGGGUGGUGAGAAUAAUAUGGGCUUAACCGCUACAAUGAACAUGUGCAUCCACGCCCUGGGAAAAACAAAUGACUUCUUCAGCCAACAGCUUGGGUACUUUGAUCCUUCCGUCCAGUCGCCACCCGUCAUGGACCAUCAGUUUCAAGCAUGUCCGAGCUUUAACCUCAGCAUGAAUGGUAACAGUGAGCUGGGCCUGGGGCAAGGCAGGUUUGCAGGGUUCCUGGAGCAAAAGCACAAACAAACCAGCCAUCUGCCAGGUAACUUCCCUGCCAGACAACCACCAAACCAUCUUCCCAAUACCACUUUUCUAGAAGAUGCAUUCUUCAGUGGUUUUCUUGAUGAGCCCACAUUGCAACCUGGGGACAACUUAACCCCAGAGUCAGACCUACCUAGUUGGACUUUCUUAGAAAAUUAUGAGGCAGGACUACAAUGAUAUCCAACUGGGUGGUGAGAAUAAUAUGGGCUUAACCGUUACAAUGAACAUGUGCAUCCACGCCCUGGGAAAAACAAAUGACUUCUUCAGCCAACAGCUUGGGUACUUUGAUCCUUCCGUCCAGUCGCCACCCGUCAUGGACCAUCAGUUUCAAGCAUGUCCGAACUUUAACCUCAGCAUGAAUGGUAACAGUGAGCUGGGCCUGGGGCAAGGCAGGUUUGCAGGGUUCCUGGAGCAAAAGCACACUACCACGGAUUCAGAUAAGACUGGGUAGCAUGUGUAGACCCAAGCAUGCUUGGUUACAAUUGCUUUUGUACAUAGUCACAACUGCAGUUCCAUUUGUGUGUGCAAUUAGAUGCACCUGUUGAACUGGACAUUGUUUUAGACCAUAUGAGCUUGGAGUGAGUGGAGAAUAUAAGGAAGUUUUGGGGGUUAUAUUUGAUUUGUUUUGUUACGUACCAUUAACGGACACUCCAGGGACAAUUCUAGCACCUCCUCUCCCUCAAGUCAUACAAUUUAAAACUGUUCAGCUAAUAAUCAUCUUUAGUUUUUUUAUUUAAAUUACUUUAAAUAGUUUUUAGACAUUUGUAAGAGCACUGUAGAUAUUUAAAUACCAUAAACAAAACUAUAUUUGUUUCUGUCACUUGUUCUUUCAUGCAUGUUCUUUCAAAACUGUGAGACCUCUAUAGUGAAUGUAGUUGUACGAUAGGUAGGACUUAAGGUAGUUGAUGUAAGCUACCACUAUAGGAGAAAUGUACUAUCUGUAAAACUCAAACACACUAUUUCAGCAUCUAAGCACCAGUCCUCACAAACUCAUGGACUUUUCGUUUGCAGCUAACGACCACAUUUCAAGUAAAGAAUGACUCAAAAUACUGAAAGCAUAAAACCAUAAAUAUACAAACAAUAGAUUUCUGUUUUGUUCUAAAUCCUUUUCUGGUAAUUCACCAACCACAAACCUAGUUUAUUAAGAAUAGCAAAACAAUAAAAAAAAGUUAGUUUUCUUGAAUAUGUAAA